AUGGACUUCUUUCGGUUCUUUGGCUUCUGGGACCUGCCGAGUUCUGAAUUGAGGUCGGAAGGCACGAUGGAGAUCACAAGAUGCUCCGCACUUAGGGCGCUGAGCGAAGGGAUUGCAACAGCACCUGCAACACCGGGGAUGAUGGGUGAGGUUGCGGAUGUUGAUGUGAUGGGAUCCACGGGGCUCCGCAACAGUUGGAAUGUCAUUUAUGACCCCAGCUCUGGUGAUGCGAUUGCCAGGCUGCCACUUCAGCAAUGCGACUGGUGUCCUGGACUUUUACCAGUUCUCUGCUGCAGACAUCGCCUCAUUGGUGCGAAAGAUCGUGCCAAUCAUGAGCAAGAGCAGUGGGACACAGUGAAGAAAAAGAAGCAGGUCAAGGAGGAGAAGAAGAUGAAGGAAGCUGCUCAGAAGAAGAUUGAGGAGAUGCAACACAAGCAUGAAGAAGAGCCGAUCGGAGAUGUAGCAAGGCUUGUGAUUGAGGAAGUGUUCAUUGGCGAGGAGCAGGAUGAGUGGAGCACUGUCAAGAAGAAGAAACAGGUGAAGGAAGAGAAGAAAAUCCAAGAAGAGAAAAAGAUCAAGGAGGAUCAAGAGCGGAAGGUCAAGGAGGAAGAACGCAAAGUCAAGGAGCAACUGCUCAAAGAGGAAAUUGAGAAGCAAAAGAAGCAAAACAACGAGAGGAAGGUGCCUUCAGAGGCUGGAAACUCCGCGACCCCGCCAAGCACCAAUCUCAGUGGGUUCAAGUGGCUGAACAUUUUGAGAAGCACCAAUGAAGCUUUGAACUUAGGCCAACCUGGCAAAGGUACUGGAAAGGGUGGCAAGAACGGUUCCAAGAACGGCAAUGCUACACCAGGUCGCUUGAGCGCGGUCAUUGAGGUGCUGUCCUUCCAACAGAUCCUGCCACUUUCUUUGCAGCUUCCAAGCCAGCUGGGGAUGUUGAGACCGAACAGCCCACUGCCAAAGAGACUCCACAAAGUCACACAGCGCCAGCUGCACCAGCAGCAACACCUGCGCCACCGCCAGCCGCAGCAGCCCCGGCAGCUGCACAAACUGCACCAGCACAAGCUACACCGGCACCCUCUCGACCAAAGGGCGGCAGUGUGUGGAACAAGCCACCCACCUUUGCAGAGACCCGGUCCAAGAACGAGCCAACGCCUGCUGAGUCCUAUCGCACAAAGCCACAGGCACAGCCGGCACCAAAGCCCAAGGCCGAGCCCAAGAACUCCGCGUCCCAGGCGGCCCCAGCGAGUCGAAAGCCGCAGAACAGCAACCACGAUGGGAACUCGCGUCAGAACAGCGACAGCCACGGCUCACAGGGCUCCCACGGCUCACGCCAGGGUUCCCAUGAGUCCAACUCCAGACCCAAAGCCGGUGCCCGAUCCAAGCAAGACAAGAACGAGUGGUGGGAAAAGAAUGACUCCAAGUGGAAUGGUCGAUGGGAUUGGAAGAAUUGGAACGACUGGGAUGGCAAGGCUGACGGUGACUGGUGGAGUGGAGACUGGAAAAAAGGAGGUGGCUGGCAAUGGCAAAAGAAGAAGGAUGACUCUCAAGGGUGGCAGCGGAAGGACAAGUCAGAAGCUGCCCCUAGAGGUGAUAAGCCGCAGGAAGACGCCGCUGCUAGCGGCGCCUGACGUCUCACAUUGCCUAGCUCAAGGGCGUGGGCAUUACCAGACCUACACAGGCAACACAGCCAACGCAGCCAACGCACUUUGCAACUCGCGGCAUUUUGGGUGCUGGAGUAUCUCCACGGAGUUUCGGCAAAAAUUCGUCAAUUCCAGAAGUUUGUUGCAGCAGUUUCGAUUUGACUCUGAAUCGGAGACUCCAAUGUUUGCACUUCUCACCGCGUAUCACGCGAAGCAGGGGCCUAUGUCCACAUUCCUGAUGUCCAAGAAGGUUGUCACCAAGAAAAAGGCGCAACCUGCUCCUGCCACUUCGGUGGAAAAUGGUACUCCUGCACCAGCAGCUUCAGCAACGACCGACGUCCGCGUUGCGCAUCAGCUGCGAGUGCUGGAAACAGUUGCUGGUAAAGGCGAGGAGGAUGAGAAGAAGUACUCUCCUCGAACCGAAAGGUAUAUCCAGCAACUGACGGGCGUGCUCGAUUUCUAUGAGUACUCCCGAAGUGACAUUGCUGGUUUAGUUCGCAGAUGCCACUAUGAUGAGUUGGAUGCCAAGAACUCUGCUGGAGAGGUUGCAGAAGGAGCAGGAGAAGCAACGCAGAGCAAGGGUGGCAAGAACGGGACAGAGGCAGAUGGUGGAGGUGAGAUUGAAGAUCGGUCCGACCAAAGUGCCUCUCAGGGAAACUGGCAAGAGCAGUGGUGGGAAAACUCCGGUGACAAAUGGAAUGGAAAAAGCUGGGAGUGGCAAGAGAACUGGCAAGAAGACUGGAGCGAAAACAAGAACGGCGGCAAGAGCUGGGAAUGGCAAGAAUCCUGGCAGGAAGACUGGAGUGGAAAUAAGGCCGAGAAUGACAAGUGGUGGGGCAGCUGGGAAAAGGCGCGGUACUGCCCGCAAUACCUCACACCAUUCCACACCAUUCGUAUGCGUGCUUCCGUCAGCAAGUUCUCCGGCAAGAUCGCACUGCAGGCUGGCAGCCGCAAAAAGGGACACAAGGAGAAGAACAAAGACGGCCCCGCUCUAGCAGAGGACGACGACGCCGAAGGAGACUUUUGGGACAUGCCAGACACGUCUGCCCCAGAUGCAGAGGGUGGCUUGGAUCGGUGGACCUUGGGCCGCCUUCCGGGACACGAGCAAGCUGCAGAGGAUGGCAUGGCGGUACCCAAGGCGAUGCCAAACAAUGCCUUGACCGUGGAGGCAUUAGAGCGUGACCACCUGGCAGCUGCCCCCACAGUGGCGCCGCAGGUGGCAGCUCCAGCCCCCAUGAACGCGCCCAGUGGCAAUUGGAUGGUGGAUGGCCUACCACCACCUCAGCAGGACCUUUUGGCAGCACUGGGUGCGCCAGUGGCCGCAUCUUCCAGCUCUGCCCCAGCAGAGGAUAGAAACCAGGAUAGGCCUGAGCGCGGCGAGAAAGGCCGCGGGAAGGGCAAGAAAGGUAAAGACCGAGAGAAGGGUGCCGAGGGCGAGAAGGAGCGACUAGAGCGCAUAGAUCGCUCAGACGAUCCUCGUCGGCAAGCGGUCGAGCAGGUCGGAGAAGUCGUUACGGUGCGCAAGCACAGCUCAAUGGGCUGUGCCGUCGUAUCCAUGACCGAUGUCAGGGUGCGACAGGCAAUCGUGGCCGAAGGCAACGAAUGCACAAUCAAUGGCCUCAAGGUCCAAAUCAAACCGCAUCACAACAAGGACACCAAAGAAGAGGUUCUGACCGACCUGUUCGUCGCUUGGGGUAGACAGGUAGAGAAGGUGAGUCCCCUUUCGGAAGAGAAGAUUGCCCAGUACUUUGACAAAAAGUACAAGGACAUCAUCGCAGGAUGGAAGGCAGCUGAGGAGGAGAGGAGGCAAGCGGAGGAGCAACAACGGCAAGAGAUUGUUUUAAAGCAGAGAACUGAAGAGCGUAGACGAUACGAAGAAGAAGAGCAAAAGCGACGCCAGCAAGAGGCUGAGCAGCAGCAGAAAUGGAUGAGUCAACAGUGGAUGCAACAAGCUGGUGGCGUGGUGCCGCAGGGCGGAGCAGUUAGGGGCAUGGGAGCCACCGCUGAUGCGUAUCAAGCACAGCUGCAGCAGCAACAGCCACAGCAGCAGCAACAAGCAGCAGCCAUGCAGUGGAACCCGUCCCAGCAGCAGCAGUGGAUGCAGGCAAUGGCAUACCAGGCACAGGGGUGGCAGAUGGCUCAGCGAGGUCUUCAGAUGCAGGGCAUGGCCCAGGCAGCCUCGGGUCAGGACCAGGCGGAUUGGCGGGCUUACUACCAGCAGUGA